UAUUUGAGCUUAACAAGCACUUCAUUUCUUCUCUGAUCUCUUCUGCACUUUCUGUUUGUUUCCCGAGAAAAUAAAACACAACCCAUCAGAAAAUUCAAGAAACCCAUUUCAGAGAAGGAAAAAAAAUGGCGUUCCAGAAAGAUCUCAACUUGGAAGCCACCGAGCUCCGAUUAGGUCUGCCGGGAACUUCGCCGGACGAUCAAUCUUCUCCGAUCAACCGAAUCAUCUCCAACAAAAGAGCUUUGCCGUCCGACGACCAGAACCCGCCGGAAUCCGGCCGGGAUAGUAACUCCGAUCUCACUAAAUCCGACCAAGAAAAUCCCCCUCCCACCAAGGCACAAGUCGUGGGGUGGCCGCCGGUGCGAUCGUUCAGAAAGAAUUGUUUUCAAGCUAAGAAGAAAGAUGAGGGGGCGGCGACCGCGGCGGGAGGGAUGUUCAUAAAAGUAAGCAUGGAUGGAGCUCCUUUUCUAAGGAAAGUUGAUCUCAAAACCUAUCAAGGAUAUCCUGAGCUUCUUCAAGCUUUGGAGAACAUGUUCAAAUUCUCUCUUGGUAAGUUUUGUGAGAGAGAAGGGUAUAACGGGUCGGAAUUUGUUCCGACUUAUGAAGAUAAAGAUGGUGAUUGGAUGCUCGUUGGUGACGUUCCCUGGGAAAUGUUCAUGGGGUCAUGCAAGAAGCUUAGGAUCAUGAAGGGAUCAGAAGCCAAAGGGUUGAGCUGUGGAUCAGUGUGAAGAACAAAAAAGGAAGAAGAAAAGGGAUUAGAGGGCACCCAAAUGGCUCUCUUUUUUAUGAUCAUCGGAAAAGCUGCCGAAGUUCAUCACAGCCGCCGUGGAUUCGCCGGCGACACCUCCGAUGAUCCGACCAAAUUGUCGUGUAAAUUUUUAUGAAAAAUCAGAUCUUGAUUUUCUUUUUUAGAGAGAGAGAGAGAGGUUGAUGAUGAAGACCCAAAAAGACAAGUUUUUUUUUUUUUUUUUUUGGUGAUUAUUCAUAUUAAUUCUUGGAAAUUAUGUUAAUCACCUUUGUAUAUGUAAUUUAAUGUGACAUAAUCAUCAAUUGCAAGAGAAAAUAUAUUUGUUUUUUGUUUC